AUGAUCAAAGCCAGUCCUGAUAGCAAAAAUCCCAGUGUGAUUCUGUCGUGUGCUUCGGAUGACGAGGAGGAUGUCGAGAAGAAACCGCCGGUUCGGGACACCUUGUCGGCAGAUCAACCCGCUAGAUCUGCUCGACUGCUUAGGGGUCUUCGACGAAAGCUUUCUAAAACUAAAUCUGGCGACGAAAAAGGUGACUCGGCUUCAAAAACUGGAGCCGAGAAGAAAGACGACAAAGCUUCUACGUCGAAACAUGAUUCGGUAAAUGGGGCUGUGACGGCGGGUCCUGGCGAGGAAGAUGAUGCUGUUUCGGCCUUAUCCUCUAGUCCUUCGCCGCCCGUGAGUGAGUACGAAGGAAGUCAUCGGGGAUCCUGGAGCACAUUGCUGCAUGCAAUUGGAACAGCCGAAAUGGUUCAGAAAGUACAGAGGAAUGCACAGGAGAUCAAACAAGAGCAUGACCUUGAGACUCUGAAGAAGGAGUUGGAGAUGCACGUGAGUGGAAACUACCAGAUCAAGUUCGGUCCUGUCCUGCCCAUCUGGCAAGCAGUCCUCGUCUUCAUUCUCAACUUCUGCAUCCCUGGAAUUGGUACAAUGUUGAGUGGGGUGCUGCUGUUGUCGAGGAGAACCUUCAGGACUGCAGAGGCCAAGGCGAAGUACGCGGUGGGGGAGCACUUCCUCAUCGUAUUCCUCAUCGGCCUCUCCCAGCUCAUGACCAUUACUUUCCUCUUCAUCGGCUGGAUAUGGGCACUUGUAUGGGCAUCAUGGCUCAUCCAACUAUCCAUGGAGCAUCGGAAAUUAGUAGAAGGUCAGAAGCUGCUGGAAACCCAUGAGCAGGCCACUGGGAGGAUGUCCGCCGCCCAAGUGAACAACACCAGGCCGUCCACUGAACCAGCUGGCAGCCAGGUCGAAGUGACACCCAGUCCAUCGGCAACCAUACACAACCCAUGAUGAACCAUACGUAGUCAUAUAUAGACUAAGGACAUUACUACAGCUUAAUUUAUUUAAUGUCUGCUUUACUGAUUUUAUUUGGGUCUUCAACGAUCACUCAGAUGAUAAGAUACUAGAGACAUCAAAAUCAAGGGUGGAUUUAGGGAGGGGGAAGGACGCCUUUUUUUCAGGGAUUCGACCCCGUGCCGACCUAAAAGAUCCCCCGUUGUACUAUUUUGAGAUAUCUGUUUUUGGCUGACGGAACCAAAAAUUUUCUAAUAGUGUCUUCGACGCCAAAAUAUACUAACUUUGAGGGGGAA